AUGCAGGGUCUACAAACGUUGAUCCCCUUACUCACAGGACUGGCGGUGGUGCAGGGCUUAGCCACUUCAGGAAAACUGCCCAUAGUAGACCUUGGGUAUGCUGUUCACUCAGCCCAAGUCAAUCAAGCUAGAGCAUACUACAAUUUUUCGAACAUUCGCUUUGGGGACGUUAUUACAAAGGAAACGCGCUGGAAAGCACCCCAACCAGUGGCAACAGUAAAUCGCACAUUGAAUGAUGGGCAGCUGGCGAAAAGAUGUCCUCAGACCCACCCGUUCUGGCUAUACAAUGGUGUCAAGGUCGCCCAAGGUGUGCCGGUAUCGCAGCUGCAACCGGUACAAUUUGACAUUAAUAGAAUUCCACCGAUGAAUAUUGAAGAAGCUGAAGACUGCCUCUUUCUCGACGUCAUGGUCCCGCAAAAGAUUUUUGAUUCUCGCUUCAAAGGCGGCAACUGCAUCCGAGAAUCAGAGAAGCGUACUGCCACGGAAGGGGCUCCAGUACUCGUUUGGAUAGAUGGUGGAGGGUUCUCUGCCGGUUACAAACACGAGCAGGAGCCGGCCGGGCUCGUGGCGAGAUCACAGACCGGGGGUGAGGAUGGAAUUAUAUAUGUCUCCAUCAAUUACCGAGUCGGGCUUUUUGGCUUCCUACCCGCACACAUCACUGGAGAGGGAGAUUCCAAUGUUGGGCUGCUCGAUCAACGCCUUGCCUUAGAAUGGGUACAGAAAUACAUCCACCUGUUUGGUGGUGAUCCAGGAAGGGUCACUAUAAUGGGAGAAUCGGCCGGUGGAGGCUCAGUCUUUCAUCAAAUCACGGCAUACGGUGGUGACAGCAAUGCUCCUUUUCGUCAAGCCAUAUUGCAGAGUCCAGGCUGGCAACCGAACCCGAAUCCUGGCUUUCAGAAGUCCUUGAUCGACUACGCUCUGGGGAAUGCAUCUUUACUGACCCAGAAGGUUGCCAGCACUGUUGAAGAUCUCCGAGGUCUCUCUUUCCAAGAAGUCGCCCUCCUCAACAGUGUGAUCGUUGGCCGCUCGCCAUACGGUAUAUACACGUUUGGUCCGGUUGUGGACGGGUCUUUCGUUCCCGACUUACCAGGGAAGCUAAUCGCGCAAGGACGGUUUACCAAAUCCCUCGACGCGAUAAUGAUGGGCACUAAUCUUAAUGAAGGCGUGCUCUUCGACUCUCCUUUUAUAGCCACCGACCACGAUUACCGGGAUAACGUGCGACUGUUUUUCCCGAAUGUGAGCGACCAAGUCGUGGAAUAUGUCGCAACAAACUUAUAUCCAAACAACCUUUCAGGAAAGUACAAUUAUACCACACAAGCUCUGAGAGCGGCAGAUACAACAGCAGAGGCCUGCUUUCUAUGCAAUACACGGUACCUAGCGCAGGCACUCCCAGGUAUUGUCUCCAGCAAGAUAUUCAAGUAUCUGUUCGCUGUACAGCCUGCCAUACAUGCAGAUGACCUAGGAUACACUUUUUAUAAUGGCAAUGGUACCCUUACUUGGGAGGGCUACCCAGUCGAUGGCAAGGUCGCCCUGACAUUACAGGAUUAUAUCAUUGGGUUCACGACCUCUGGCACGCCCAACGCUCGGGCGCUCUCCAACAAUAAUUCGUGGUUUCCCGCAUAUGGCAAAAAUGCAACGGUGUUGACGUUGAAUACGACCCAGCUUGGUCAAUUGAAUAUUGAUCCUCAAGCGGAUCCUCGGUGCGAUUGGUGGCAAAAGGCACUAUAUAUUUAA